ACCACUUCUUGUACCCGAUGAGUUUAGAGGGGAACACAGUUUUAGAAAAAGAAAAUAAUUUAUGAAAAUAAGAAUCAAGGCCAUUUUCCCCUCUUUUUAACCAAUGAAUAAUGUGUUUAAGGCGGGUGGAGAGGUGGAAAUUCCUGAAGUCUGUGUAUAAAACCAACUCUAAAACUCUGAAAAACCUCAGUAGCUUUGGGUUUUCUGGAAGACACCGUGCAAAUCUUGCUCAAUUUAAUGAUGCCGUCAUCUCUAAAUGCAGCUGUCUUCCUGUCUCUCACACUGGCAGUGUUCAUCAGUGUUACAGAUGCAGCAGCUCUGUACAGCAGUAUGGGAGAAUUAUCUGAAACAUCAGGGGAGGAACUUCAGCAUGUUGAUAUCAAGAGACCUCCAACUGAACGACAAAAAUGGCACCUGAUGGCAAAACAACUGCACAAGGAUGUGAAAACACUGCAAGAUGAACAGUUUGAGAAAGAUUUGAGAGAAAUGCUGAAUAUGACUUCAUAUGAAGGUGUGAGAAUCAGCACUCCACUCCUCAAACAUUCAGAUGGCUGUCUCUCCAGAAACUUCAGCACAGAAAGGUGUCUGAGGCGCAUUUACAGUGUCCUGAUGUGGUAUAAAGAGCAUAUGAGUUACAUUGAGAGAGAAAAUCUGACCUCAACCCUGAUAAACGAUGUCAAACACGGGACGAAACGAUUGCUGGAGUCCAUUAACAGCCAGCUCCAGCUGAGAGACAUACAGGUUGAAGGCAUCUCCAACACUCCUCCACCCGUCGUAUCGGAGUGGACAAGCAAGAUGUUCACGCACUCGAUCCUGUUCAACUUCACCAGCGUCAUGAUCGAUACAUGCCGAGCAAUCAGUUACAUGAGCCAGAGGAAAAGUGGACGCAGUCACCACGGGAAAAACAGAAAGAGACCCAGUGAAUCCGUCUCAGAGAAGAACUAACUACAGAAGCACAUCAAACAACUAUUUAUUUGAUAUUUAUAAUAUAUAUUUAUUGA